CAGUUCGGCUGCGAGGCAGAUCUUUGGUUCGAGUUGUAUUCGCGACUGGUAAAGAGGAAAAGCAUCUUAUUGUUAAGAAAUAAAACUUUAGAAAAGAAAUAUCAAUCAAAACGCGGUCCAGAAAGAGAGAGAGAGAGAUCAGACUCUAUAAAAAGAAGAAGUGAGAAGGGGAUGGAAAACGAGCAACGAGGUCGUGCAUUCCGAGCAUCCUCCACCUCCAGCCUCGGCCGCGAGGUUCGAUGUGGUUGUCAGUUUUACCAGAGUGAUUCGCUUCUCCCUGAACGUUGUACUCUUGUAGGCAGGCCACCAUCCAGGUCGAUGAUGCAAUCCCCAUCAUCUCAUAUAAGAGUACACCGCCCAUGCAGUGAGCACGAGUACGAACCAAUUGCAUCUCCACCUCCGCCACCACCACCGCCGGUAGUAAGCAUGGUGGCACCGGUGGUUCGAAUCACUGAUACGGACGUUACGCCUGUGGCAGACAGUGAUGAUAGUAUUGACGACCGAGGACGAUUCAACUUAAGGUUGGCCCUCGAUGGCGAUAUAAUUUUGCCUCUGGAUGGCAAAAUUGAAGACAAUGCAAUGGCAGGACGUGAACUUGGUGAAACAAUUGAUACCUCAGACGAAAUGGAAAGCGAACAACUUCAGGAGAAGUUGGAAGAAAAUUUCGCAAGAAUUUCUAAUUUGGAACAAAAUGCUGCUGAAGGGGGGUCUGUGCCUUAUCAGGUGCCAGUGGAAGAAGAAAUUCAGAACAAGCAAGCAAAUCCUGGAUUACAAGAGAAGCUUCGCAAUCAAGCUGAAAAGCUGACUUCUCGAUUUAAAAAUUUCCAAAGGCCUAGUUUCACAGUUCCUACUCGUUGCAAAUUUAGUAAAAAGAAACCCGCGCCAGUAUCUGUUCCUGAAAACCAAAAAACUAAAAAAUUGAACAGAAUGGAACGUUUUAAAAUGGCACUUCCUGAAAGGCCACGUUUUCAAUUUCCUAGUAUGUCAAAGUUGAGCUUAAAGAAGCAUCCGAAACUUAAUAUUAAACGUCCUAAAGUGCACCUACCUGCAGCUAUCAGUAGCACUCUGAAACGCACGCCUUCUUCGCGAGUGAAACAAAAACAACAAUCAACGAAAUCUUCUUACGGAUCUCACAAAAAUAUUUUUUCACAUUUUUCAAGUUGUCAGAAAAUUUUUGAUUGGAAGGCAAAAAAUAAAGAUGAAUAUACUACAUCGUCACCAAAAGAAACACGUGCUCAUGUUAUCGACAGUUUCACUUAUCCGCGCGCUAAGAAUACCCUUAAGGAUCGGGGGAAUCAAGAAUUUAAAGAAAAUGAAUUCUUAGAUGAGGACAUGUGUGAUCAAAAAGUUGCAAUAGAAAGAACAAGACCAUGGAGACAUGCAUCUCUAGAAGAACCGCGAUUAGCUUUUAGAAUUCAGUCAUCAGAAUCUCAUGAGGAAUCAGAAAAUUUACCUUGGGAGAUUGAACAAAAAACAUUUAUUUAUCAGGAAGAAAUACAAUUCGCUGAUUAUGAAGAAGAUUCUCAGGAACAACCCUGCCAAACAGAAGACAAUAUGGAGACAGAAAAAGAUGAUAAUUAUAACGGUGAAGAAGAAUAUAAAUUAAGGGUUAUAAGACUGAAACAAAUCGAAGAUUUUAGAAACAACGACAAUAAUAAGUUUGAAGAAUCUACUCCAUCAUUAGAGAUUAAUCAAAUUGAAAUUAGGAAUAUGUCUUACGAAGAAAAUUCUCCAGGGCCUUCAAAUGCUGAACAACAAUCAAGUGAAAGUUCCUAUGGAAAGCCUAGUCAUAUUAUUCAAGAGACAGAUUCAGACAAUUUUUCAAUUCAUGACGAUAAUAGUCACGAUAAUAUGAAUGUAAAAAUGUAUAUUGAUCGAAAUUUACAUAAAUUUCACGAAGAUAAGUACACAAAUUCACUUACUGACUUCAACGAACCCCCUGUACCACCUCAAAGACCUUAUCGCACUAAAUCAUUAAGAAAAAGAAAAGAGAAAUUUUUGAAGUCAUUUAAAGAUUCACCACCUAUGCAUACAAGAAAUGAUCAAAUAUUACACUACAGUGAUCUAUCAUUGGAACACUUAAGUCGAAGGGACAGCUUCUCAAAUUCUACUCACAGAAUAGUUUAUCGAGCAGAAACUAUAUCUCGUGAACAAUCUCCAAUAGAUUAUUUAGAUGAUAUCGUAGUUUUAAAGCCUAUACGCAGAAAGUCAAAAAGUUCCAUUCACAGUCAAGCUGAAUCUCAUAUUGGAUCUACAAAGAAUUCUGUUGAUGGUACUACAACAGAAUUGUUUUCACCAAUUGUUCCUUGUCGUAGGAAACGAAGUCGACAUCAGAAUAUAAAUGGAGUAAUUGAUACAGAAAAUGCAAUAAACAAUUCUAUUUGCAAUGGCCAUAAUAAUAUUUUGCAAAAUUCCGUACAUGAUGAACUGUCAUCAAACAAGCACUUCAUGUAUUUCCCACUUGAUACAGAAAGGGAAAAAAACUUUUUACAAAAUGUUGAAGGUGAAAUGUUUCAAGUUCCACCUAUACCUCCAAAAAGAAGAUCGCGGUCUAGGACUGCUUCUUUUACAACAGAUAAAAACCACUCUUUGCAUGAUGUCGAAUCGAUUUCAGAAGUAUAUCUUGCAGAUUGUGAUAUGGCUCAAGCUGAUCUUCAUGAACAGUCACCUGGCUAUGCUGUUAUAGAUAAACGUGAAAAGUCGUCACAUGUUCCUCCACCUAGACAACGAAGACACAAAAGUGCUACAAAUCCGAGACCUUCAACGCCUAAACGUACACAAAGAGCCUACAGCACAUUAAGUCACGUGAAAAACAAUAUACCUAAAGCAGAAAAUAUAAUUAAUUCGUCGGAGGAUGUUACACAAUAUGUUAACAUUGAUUCAGAUGAAGAACAUAAAAAUUUCAAAAGUGAAUUUCUCAAUAAAGUUCAAAGUCGUCCUUUACCAGCUCCACCAAGGCCACCUAGAUUACAGAAAUUAUCAAAAUCAAGUGAAUAUUACGAACCGGAAAACGUGCGUGACAGUGGAGAAGCGGUUGCUUCUACACAGACUGAUCCACUAUCAGAUGACGAAGUAAUAGAAGAAGAAGUAACCCAAGCUAAGCUUGUUAUGUCCCACUCAAGACAUGGUUCACAGAUAUUAAUUUCGACUGAACGAAUUCCAACGCCAACUCUUCGACCAACAACGCCCUCAUUACAAAUUUCAGAUCAACCGCUUGAAAAUGAUGAUUUAGAUCACUUAGAAAAACCUAUGAGUAAAUCAGAGGAAAAUAUUCCAGACAAAAAUGAUAUUUUGCGAACAGCUUUACUAUCUGAUGAACCAAUACGAAUUAAUAACCUAGAAGUUGGAGAUUUACGAGUGGACCGACUCAGUGUUUCUCAAUUAGAGGCAUUUAAAAUUGCAGCUUCUGAAAUUGAUGCGAUGGUUGUUUCAGCUUCUGAACUAAGAAGGGAAGGAAGUUAUAAAGAAAGUGAAAUAAGUCAAUCGUUGCUAGAAGAAUUAUUAGCUAUUAGAAAUCGUUUAGAAACUGUAGCACAAUUCCAAGAAAGACCACGUUCCACAACAGAAGAUGCAUGUACAGCUACAAAUGACGAAGAAAUUAAUAUACCAGGCGAUUUACAAGUUUCAGAUGAAGUUCUACCGAGUCCUUUGCAACAUGUUGAAUCAGAUGCAGAAACAGGGUCAGGUAAUGUAGAAAUAAUAAAAAUGAAAGUCAAUAAAGUAGUUGAGCAAAUGGCGCGAUCAUCUGCACAAAUAGAAAUUUUACAAGAUCAGAUUUUGCAGGUAAAAAGUCUGAAACCUGAGAGUGAAAUCAGACCUGAGAUGGACCUUGCAACUUCACGUGAAACAUCUGUAGAAAAAGAUGCGUUACUCUGUCAGAAAGUAAGAAGCAGUUCAAUAACCUCAACACCACCUAGUGGAAAAGAUUUUAAAAUUCCAUCUCAUGCAAAAUCUCUAACACCAGUAACAGACACUUCAGAAAUACGACCAACUCAUCGAACAACUUUGGAAAUGUUAUCACACCAAACAAUUACUCCACACAUUGAAGGAAGAGAAUGUACAAUUGAAACCUCACAAAUUCCUGUUCAUUUUUUUUCAUUAGCUUCACCUAUUCCACCGCAAGCUGAAACAGAAAUCAGUCUUACAGAAACCACUCGACAAAUGUUCAGAGCAAUUCGUAUCAUUGGGGUCAGAAAUUUGAGGCACAUGGUAAAUUACAUUGCCUUAAAAGUGGGCAGGGAAGAUGCAAGUGACAAAAUUCGAGAAGUAGAAUUAGUUUUGUGUGCCUUGCUACUGAUAGUUGCUGGAUUGUUAAUUAUAUCGUUUGGAAGUCCACGAAAUGUAACCCACCACCAUCACUGGGAUUAUUUCAAUCCACCACAAUAAUAAUCCUAUAUCUACUUCAUCCACCAGCAACAUAAAAUUAUUAUUUCUUUAAAAUAUGAAAUUUAAAUUGAUAUAUUCUUUUUAUUACAAAUUUGUCUACAUUGCUAAACUUUAAUAGCUAGUGAUAAUCAAAAUUAAAUUUGACUUUAUUAUCUUCUUUCUACGAAAUAAAAAUUAAUUUUUGACGAACAAUAUUUUAUAUUUUAAGAAAAAAUUGUAUAAAAGUUGUAAAAUAAGUUCAAAUUUGUUUUUCAAUUUUUAAUGUAUACAACAAUCGAUUCACAAAAUAUUUUCUAAUGGAAGAAUAGGAAACCUUUUUGAAAUAAAAUUAGCCUUAAAAACUGAAAUCCUUAUAAUCAUAAUUCUUUGCAGAGGACUUUAUAUUAAAAUGCACUUUUUAUUAUAAAUUUUUUACUACAUGCCCGAAUAGCAACGGAUAUUUCAAGAUGAUCGAUGGACGUCCUAUAAGUAUACGGAAAUUUCAAUAUCCCUAAGAUUUCGGGUAGGUUUUCAAUGCCCCAUAAAUAACCUAAUUCCCACAUACCUAUGGUUUUUCCUUGGACAUUAUGAAAAUUUAGGUGCUGUGUAGAGUUAGUUAUAAAUUUAAAACAAUAUGAUGGCAACAACACUUCUAUUACCUCUCUCUACUCUAAUAAACACUAAGUUAUUGUACAAGUCAACUUGUCUAAGUUAUUAUUUCAUCAAUCAAAUAUAAAUAAAAUUAGGGAUAUCUAUAA